UACGGGUUUGUCAACUACGCUUUGGAGUUACUGGUGUUGAGAAACUUUGGGGAAGAUGCCUGGACAAAGAUUAAACAAGAGGCCUACCUGGAUUUGGAAGGCGAUUUCUUGGUGCGUCAAGUCUAUGAAGACAGCAUCUCCUACGACCUGGUGGGCGCCGCAUGCAAAGUCCUCAAUGUGGAUGCGGCUACUGUGCUACAGUUGUUUGGGAAAAUGUUCUUUAUCUACUGCAAGGAAUCCGGCUAUGACAAAAUCCUCAAGGUGUUAGGAGCAACCACCAGAGAGUUUCUUGAAAACCUGGACGCUCUGCACGACCACCUGUCCACCAUCUAUCCUGGCAUGCGAGCUCCUUCCUUCCGGUGUACGGUCCGGCCAACAGACGGCGCCACCGUCCUGCACUACUACUCGGACCGACCUGGUCUAGAACACAUCGUUAUUGGCAUUGUCAAGGAAGUGGCUGAAGAGCUCCACAACUCCCCAGUCAAUGUAGAGAUCAUCAAGAACAAGGGAGACGACUGCGACCAUGUCCAGUUCGCCAUCACAGAGACAAACAAGCAAACCACAAAGGAGACAUCCGACAUGGAGGUUUUCGAGUACAACCUGUCGUCGGAGCCAAAGAUCAGUCCAGCUUCGUUUUGUCGAGCGUUUCCAUUUCACCUGUUGUAUGACCGGGACCUGGUCAUUCAGCAAGCUGGCACAUCAAUCAGUCGAGUGAUUGCUCAGGUAAAUCAUGUAGUCCUAUGUAUCAUGGACACGUGUAGGAUCACCGACCUCUUUGACAUGAUCCGGCCACACAUGGAACUGAGCUUUGACCAGGUGCUGUCUCACAUCAACACCGUCUUCGUCCUCAUCACCCAGGAGAGUGUGCUCACCACCGACAACAACAGUGGUACCAUUCCGCAGCAGAUGAGGCUCAAAGGUCAGAUGAUCUACGUGUCGGAGUGCGACUGCAUCCUCUUCAUGUGCUCUCCAAGUGUGAUGAACCUGGACGACAUCAGUAGGCGGGGCUUGUAUUUGAGUGACAUCCCGCUCCACGACGCCACGAGAGAGCUAGUGCUACUGUCCGAGCAUUGGGAGGCCGAGUACAAGCUAGCCCAGAACCUGGAGGUCCUCACUGACCAGUUGCAACUGACCUACAGAGACCUAGCUGACGAGAAGAAGAAAACUGACAGACUAAUGUACUCUAUCCUGCCUCCCUCGGUGGCCAAUGAAUUGCGUCACAGACGUCCGGUCAACGCCAAGAAGUACUCUGACGUGUCGCUUCUGUUUAGCGGAAUUGUAGGGUUUGCCAACUUCUCCGCCCGGCACUCAGACACGCAGGGCGCCAUGAAGAUCGUGGAGUUACUCAACACCGUGUACAUCCGGUUUGACGAGAUGUUGGAUCCCAGCAAGAAUCCCAACAUCUUUAAGGUGGAGACAGUUGGUGACAAGUACAUGGCGGUCAGUGGACUUCCAGAACCUUGCGAUGACCACGCCAAGUCUAUUGCCAAACUGGCCUUAUAUCUCAUGGACAUUUCUCGGGAACUAAAGGAUCCCAAUGGGGAACAAAUCAUGAUCACUAUCGGGAUACAUUCUGGGGAAGUGGUCACAGGAGUUAUCGGGAAGAAGAUGCCCCGGUAUUGUCUGUUUGGGAACACCGUGAAUUUGACCAGCAGGACGGAGACAACAGGGGAGAAAGGGAGAAUUAACGUCUCCGAAUAUGCGUAUAGAUUUCUACAAGACUCAGUCAACAGUGAUAAGAGUUUCCAGUUGACUUACCGAGGUGAGGUCACUAUGAAAGGCAAGGCUACGCCCAUGAAGUGUUACUUUCUGACGCGGAAGACUAUAACACCCGAAAGAAAGAAGUCCCGGACCUGUGAUGUGUAA